CAAACCCCAGAAUCUUGAGGUAGGGGCCGCUGGUAUUUACAUUCUUACAGCAUCUUCUAGUGAUUCCAAUGCAGGUGGUCUUCCAACCACGUGCUGAGAAAUGCUGGCUUCAAAGGAGAGGCAAGACCACCAAGGAAAUCUCCUUUAGGAGAAACAAGAGGAAGCAACACAAGAGUGAAGGGCUACGGAUAGGAAAGGUCCAAAUCCGAGGUGUCAGCCAUCGUUCCUAACUCCUAUAACAGGCAGAACUCAAUUGGGAUAGUAAUUUGGACCAGGAAAAAAAAAGUCAUUGAAGAAUUAUUGACCAUAAUAAAGGAUUACCUUCAAGGGGGAAGGUGGAACUCUGAGAACACAGGUAUUGUAGAUGCACGGAGCAGCCCCUACUCAACUACUCAUCUUGAGGUUUGGGCAAAACACCAAGGAAGCAGCACAUCUGGAACAACUCGCACCUGCCAGGAUUAAGAUCCAAACACCACUGGAGAAGGUCCUAUCCGCAUGAAUUGUGAGAUCACACAGGAACCAAGGAAGAAGAUCCCCUUCUUCAGAGGCCCUUCAUGAUUCUCGACUGAUAAAGCUUCAUGUUGGGUCAUCUGGCGGGGAAGAGAUAUUCCAGUAUUACCUGAAGAUCAACGAAGGCAGAUACCACUGUGUGGUUUGAAUCAGGAAUGAGAGCUUUUGAAAGCUCAGAGCAGACUUCGGUUUGGUCAACAUGGAGGACAAAAGGCGACGAGCCCGAGUGCAGGGAGCCUGGGCCACCCCUGCUAAGAGCCAUGCUGUUACCCAGCCAGCUACCACCUCUAAGAGCCGUCUCCACCAGACACCUGCCCAGAACUGGAGGAGCAAGGAGCACCCUCUGCCUGACAGAGAGUUCGUGUUCAGAGAACCCCAGCAGCAGGGAAGGUGUUUAUGAGAUCAGCCUGUCACCCACAGGUGUAUCUACGGUGCGUCUGUAUCCUGGCUUCAUUGAUUUAAAAGAAGCUGACUGGAUGCUGGAACGGCUUUGUCAGGAUGUGCCCUGGAAGCAGAGGACCGGCAUCCGAGAGAAUAUAACUUAUCAGCAGCCGAGACUUACAGCAUGGUAUGGAGAACUUCCUUACACUUAUUCAAGAAUCACUAUGGAACCAAAUCCUCACUGGCAUCCUGUGCUGAGCACCCUAAAGAGGCGCAUUGAAGAGAACACCGGGUACAGCUUUAACUCCUUACUCUGCAACCUUUACCGCAAUGAGAAGGACAGUGUGGACUGGCACAGCGACGACGAGCCCUCGCUGGGGAGGUGCCCCGUCAUUGCUUCACUCAGCUUUGGCGCCACACGUACUUUUGAGAUGAGGAAGAAGCCUUCAGCAGAAGAGAACGGAGACUACACCUACGUGGAGAGGGUGAAGAUACCUCUGGACCACGGGACCUUGUUGAUCAUGGAGGGAGCGACACAAGCUGACUGGCAGCAUCGAGUGCCCAAAGAAUACCACUCGAGAGACCCGAGAGUGAACCUGACCUUUCGGACCGUUUACCCAGACCCGAGAGGGGCCGCCCGCUGAUGAGAGAUCUGAGAGAAGCUGCACGGAGACUGGGCCCACCCUGCCACCCAGAGGAAGUAUCCAGAGGCCGGCCUGGCCGACCUCGGGGGUGGCCAUGAGGCCCCUGAUGGGGGAUCUGCUCCCAGCUCAGCCCUCUCCACAGCCGUCCAGCAGCGCGUGGUGGGAAUGUGUGUGCUACAGGAACGCUUACUCCCAACUCUGUCACAAAACCCCAUGUUAUCUUUAGGCAGAUUAAAAACGGCUGUGUGUGGCUGCGCUCAUGGAUGAUUUUGUCCAUAAGCGAGAUUCCUCCCACCCUCCCUGCUCGCACUUGGGGAAAUAUGAAUGGACUUGUGCCUCUGCGGAAAGUCUGCACGUGUGUGUUCCUUGUGAUGCUGGUGAGGUGGCUCCAGAGCCUUCCGUGGGCAGACAGCUGCUGACACCCGGAGGUGGCCUUGCAGGCUUGGCUCAGGUCUGCCCCGACACCCUGACACAUUGACUGUGCACUGCUGCAGUGGAAAGGGGACAUGCUAUUGAGCCGAGUCUUCUCUCCUGUCCAUCUGCCUGGGACACAGAUUGGAGGCCUUGGGUGGAGGAUGAAAGCAGUGUGAUCACCUGGACGGCUCGUGACACCCGAGCAAACUGUCCCCUCCUAGGGAGGAGAUCAUGCAAAGUGGCAGGCGGAGGCUGAGGCUGGAGAGCCGCAAACGCUCUCCUAGUGACAGCUGUUCCACGUAGAUUAGUUUCCCCCAGAGAAUCAAUGGGGUCACUGAACCCCCCGCCAGACAGAAGCGAGAGCAGGCCUCCAGGGAACAGACUCCAUUACCCAGUGGUCGUGUUCACCUUGGGUUCCAGUAGCCCGUGACUAAGGCUGUCUUCUGACUCAGUGUUCGCUUACACACACGUUACCAAGGUUCAAGGGUGAGUCUGUGAUGUCACCAAGGUUCCCAAAACAGAGCACAGUGGCUGCCCCCUCUUGCAUCAGAAAAACACGUGUCUUCUUGACCCCGUGACUCAGGAGCAGUGUGCCAGAAAGAAAGAAAAUGAAUAGAAAUGGAGGAAAGUGGGGCACGUGAGCUAGAGUUUCUCUCUCUGCCUUUGGGGAAAAUGUGUAGUGUCUUCUUUCUUUUCAUCCGUUUCCAUUCUAUGUUGUAAGAUUGAAGAUCCCCAUGAUCCUAAUGCAGUGCCAAAGGCUGGGCCAGCUCCUACCCAGAGCUCGGGUGCAACACUAGGCCUGCCAGGCUCUGCUCCCUGAGAAGCUGCCUGGCUCCUUCCAUUAUAGUUCCUGUUUGGGGUGUGUGUGUGUGUUGUUAGAUAACUCCUUUCUCUAAGAAAUGCUAAAAUCCUUUACAAAACGUGAGCAGCAUGCAAAGCCUUCCUACUAAGGAGGGCCACGUCAUUAUAUAAUCAAAGCAAAUCUCUGUUUAAUUCCUGGUUGUUCCCCUAGUAAAGCAAACAAAACCUGGCCAGGGUGAUACAGCCAGCGCUGGUUCUGGUUGGACACGUGACACUGGGAGAUUCCUCUUCCAUUCCUUCCCAGUGAAAGAACUGGCAGAUGGUGCCGAGUCCUGCAGCCUCCCUCCCUCCUAAUGGAGGGUCGUGAUCUCCCCUUGCAUCAGCUGUGCAUUUGAGCGCCUCACUCGUCAUCCCCCAUCCCCGUGUCUGGCAAGGAAGUGAAUUCCUGUUCCGCGGCAGACGGGUUGGACCACCCCUCGGGUUUCUCCAUCAGACGGCAGCGAACUGCAGCUCUUGUUGCUUGCUCACGCCAUAGACACCAUAUGCCAGAACUGCCAUUUUUUUUUUUUUUCACCACUAAGAUAAUGUCCGCUCUGAAACGUCAGGGGGUGGUUGGCAUGGAGUCAAACGGGCUUUUGGAGUGGACAGGAAUUCUAGACCGUGGCAAAGGACAGCCAUGCUCAGCCACUCUGCCCGACUGGUUCUUCCUCUCCUGGUGGUCAGGCUCACCUAGGAAUGAAGGACAAGGACAUUCUAUUCACAUUAGGUCUAAGGCAGAGGAAGCAAGUGCAACAGUUAUAGCAUGAAGAAAGGGUGAGUUUUUGUGUGUUUUUCAGCUGUCCUUUUUGUUUUGAGCUUCAGCCUAGCAGGCUGUGUCCUAGGAGCUUUUAUAUUAGUCCUUGCCACCGCCCUGCAGGAGACACUGUUCCCCUUAUAGAGACGAGACUGCAUCUCCAGGAGGUUAAGUAACUGAACAGGACUUGCAGAGUGAGAGCCAAGUUCAAACCACGGGCUCAGUCCCAAGCCCACGUGCUUUCCCCAUGCCAUGCUGAAUUUAGGUGGAAGGAAUACCCCACCAGGCCUCCUGGAAGCCUGAGCCUCAGGACUUGUCCCUGCAGAGCUGGCCACCAUGACCCACAGGCCACCUGUUUGUCCCCUGGCUUCCCUGUGUGUCAGGGCAGGCAUCUGCCUGUCAUCCCUCCUAAUCAACGUUGACAUCUCCUAAUCAGAAACCAUGUUGCUGACCAGACCGGCAGUUGGCCACUGAACUGAGAAAGCUCAUUUUCUGGGGCACAGAAGCUGUUUUCCGGUGAGUUAGGCAAAUUCUCAACCAAACUCCUGGUGCAUACAUCCAAGCAGGUACUUUGAGAGGUAGGCGAGUUUGCCCCUUAUGGUUCCUCCUCUCUUUGUGAUCUGUGAGUCCUUUUGGGGACCCCGAAUGAUGCCCAAGUCAGUGGGAGGCUCCUUUGUAAUAGGUACCAAUGCCACUACUCUGGUCAGCAGAAAGCCCAAAGAAAAAGUCAGGCUCCACACUGAAAAUGCCUUGCCCACAGGCGGCUUGUCUUGAAGCACAGGUCGGAGCAGUGAAACACUCAGCGUCAGACUGUAUCCGCAGUACUGAAAUGAGGAUCUAGGGUAGGCACUGGUCAGAUCCCUGCUAAUGCUCCCUGGGAGGCAGAAGAUGAUGGCUCAAGUGUUUGGACCUUUUGCCACCCGCAUGGGGGACCUGGAUGGCCUGGCUUCAGCCUGGCCCAGGUUUUUCUGUUGUGGGCGUUUGGAGAGUGAGCCAGCAUGAUGGAAGGUCUAGGUCUCUGUCUUUCACUCUUGCUCUCGCUUGCCAUUCAAGUAGAUGAAAAUAAACAUUAAAAAAAAAAAAAAAAUCCAGGAUCCGCUUUGCUCUCUUGUUGACUAAACCACUAGCUCCAUCACUAAUUCAGUUUUGGUCACAGCUAAUGCAGCUGUCAUUUCCUUGUGGUACCCUCUCCCCGCUGCCUCUGUGGUUGACCUGAGCUUGCUUUAGUACAGGGCAGGUCUGUCUGCACCCAGUCAGUGACGGGCACUGGCUCCUGAAUUGUGUCACGGCAACCCCGAAAGAGUUAAGCAGGCCUUGCAAGGAGCAGAAGGCUCCAGUUGGAGGGUUUCAGAGAGAGUGUCCUGACACAUGACGGCUUCCUGCCCUGCUGAGAAUACUUCUUCCUUGAAUUCUGGCAGCUUUUCCUUGGCUGCAGAAUAUCUAAGACCCACUUUGCCUUUUCUGGUCAUAAACACUUGUAGUGUUGAAUCUGAAGUCUUGAUUACUUUUCUUAACAGUGCUUUUGAAAAAGCUGAAUGUUUCCAUAGCGAUGCAUUCUGUUUGUUUAAAUCUUUCCUUAUACACGAUUCCACCCACACCCUCUCUUCAGAGGGACCUUGUUCACAACUACCCUCUCCCUCUCUGCCCGCCGGGUUCUCUAGACGGACCUCCCCCAACCCCAGCAUGAGACCCCUUGGCCCCUGUCGGAUUUGGGUUGCUGGAAUCUGUUCUCGGACGUGAUUUUUUUUGGUGUGUCGGCGGUCAGUAAGGAAAUGACUUUGCUGUUUACUUAUACGGGAGGAGAACGUAGACUGAUGGUGCUUUUCCCGGCUGGUUUGGC